GAGCUCGACGCGCUACGCCUACAGCAAGGGCUACGGCCGCGCCGCGAGCCAGACCUACCAUGGGGUGCGCGGAAAGGCGUACCGCGAAACCGUGACCACCGCCUACGAUGAGAAGACGCACGUGGCGUCCCAUGGCGAUGCACGCAAGGGCAACGGCCACUCCGAGAAAGGCUACAGCCAGGCGCCCCCACUGCCCAAGCUGCUGUACCUGGAGGUGGACAAGUGCGUGUGCGCCGAGGUGGAGAGCAAGGAGUGCUGCGCCUAUGUGGAGCACAUCUGCGGCUGGUACGACCACAUCAGGCUGGACUGCUACACCGCCAAGGACCUGUGCAUGGAGGUGACUGAGGACACCGGCUAUUGGAAGUUCAAGGCGCACGAGUCCGCUGUAGCCAAAGUGAAAGCGCUGUUCGAAGGCGAACUUGACAUAUGCGGUGAGUGGGCCCGCAGUUUCCAUCGGUCUCCCAUCAGCCUCCUUGGCAGGAUUCCCAGCCAUCCACUUGUGCCAGUGUCGCGGGACUGGCCAAUAUUUCGAGGGUUCAUGGAGCAGACGCACCGGCAUCCGCUCAAGUUCAAGUGGAAGCGCCUCCCGGCCCUGAUGGACGACCCGGCACACCCGGCACUCCCGGAGCCCAGGGCGCGAAGGGCGACAAAGGCGACCCCGGCACUCCAGGACACAGCGGCCAGCCGGGGCCCCAGGGACCACGCGGACAGGACGGUGUUCCCGGCCAGCCUGGAGCGAGGGGCGAAGCGGGAGCGGCUGGACGUGAUGGCACGCCAGGGCGCUCCCGGCGACCCCGGACCCGUCGGGGCCCCGGGCCUCAUAGGCGAUGCUGGCCGGCCCGGCGCCCGGGGCAUCCCGGGCGAAGACGGCAGGGACGGCUGGCACGGGGUGGACGGCACUCCAGGCCGGGACGGCAGGGACGGCACGGCGGGCAGGGAUGGCGCCGACGGCCAGCCGGGCAGACCCGGGACUCCGGGGCAACCGGGGACGCCUGGCACGCCGGGACAGCCGGGGGCGCCCGGAGGCUACGCCGAUCACCACGGCGCCAAACACGGGACGGACGACCAGUACUACGAGGUGCCUGGAGAUCACGCUGGUCACGCAGCCGCGCAAGGUGAGCAAGGUGAGAAUGACCAGUACUACGUGGUGCCUGGAGAUCACGCUGGUGGCACUGUCAUCACGGGGGAGGAGGGACGAGAUGAGACCAACUUCGACGAUGGGGGGAGGUGA